AUGGCGGAAAAUUACAUUCUACAAGUUACAGCCGGUUCAAAAUACGAUGUCAGUACACAUCAGAUUGUACCGGUCAAUCAAGCAAAGACAGUUAGGAUUGAGAACGAACUUUGCGAGGUAGAUUUGAAUGUCAGGAUCCAAGAUUAUCGCGGACUACCCAAAUCGUCGCCCACUACCUCACCAUACUUUGCUCUGCCACCGCAUGAUAAGAAUAAAGAUCAAUAUAGUAUCGGGUUUCGAUUCAAACCAAAGAAGGAUAUCAAUGCGGAUGAUUUGGUUUUUGGAAACGAUUUUGACCAUCCAAUUAGAGAUCGUCUGCCCCCGGGGUUCAACACAGCUUUCAGGAUCGUGAAGUGGAUGGUAGAUCCAGGGUUGGACGGAGAUGUUUAUGCAGACGAACCAUAUUUGUAUGGACCAGCGGCCAGUUCAUUCAAUGUGCUGUACGUUGGGGAGGGAGGAGAGGGAGAUGGUGAGGAGGAAGAGAAUGCGGGGUUGGUGUUUGAGGAGGGCGGGGAUGAGGAGGGUGAGGAACACCGGGAGGAGUGUGGAAUUCCGGAUGGGGAGGCGGCGAGGAAGAAAUACUUCUUGACGGAGGCAAAUAGGAAAGAAUGGGAUUGGGAAGAGGGAAGAACUUAUGGGUGUGAUUUUUUUAAUGCAUAUCUAGAUUUUAACAAUUUCUCUCUCAAAUUACCAGGAUUUACAAUGCCGAUAAUGAAAUAUUGGGAUGGGCAAGGUCUUCGGAAAGAGCAAAAGCGCUCACAUACGCUCAGAUAUGUAUUGAAAAAUCGCAAGACUGGAGAAGUCUUAUUCGUGGUUGUUUUUACGCUUUAUCUGAAAGAAGACGUGGAUGAGAAUGGGAACUUGAAGGCGGGUGUUGAAGGAGGGAAACCUUUUGAUCAGCUACCUAAGGAUGUUGCCGAGAAACAUUUAAGAGAGAAGAAUGGGGAAGCGGAAAGUGAGAAGGAGGUAGAGAAGGUGGAGCAAUCUACUAACGACGGCGAUGAUAGUGAUAUUGAUUAA